AUGGGCUCAGAAACAGUGAAUAUAUCUCUCCGGGCAGGGAGUCGGCAGGAAAAGGCGGACACGUUCCAAAGAACCCCCAGUACGAGCCAGACAAUGUUCAAAUCGCCAACGGAAAUCUUUACCUUGACCGCUCCGGAAGAGCGGGACCCCAAACAACAAAACAACUCUGCGAGAAUUGCUGAAAUAACGACUGCGGAACAAUACAUUCUCUAUGCCAGUGUUCGCACCACCGCCGCGUUCAGUCAAGUGCCCGGAACCUGUCACGCCGACAUUCAAGAAACCGGCGUCGAAUAUUUGACUGAUCCGACAUCGAUGCCGAAAACCGGACCAGACGUGCCAAUACCUAUCUGGUAUUCGAAUCAAGCAGUGGACCCCAAAAAUUUGAUUACCACCCAGGAAACAGGUCCAGAAACGUUCGACUGCACGAAACAAUUUCAUGAAUAUGCGUUCCACCGGACCUGGGAUUUCACCGCGUUCUACAUUGAUGACAGUCCGUAG